AUGUCUGGCGAAGAGGGUCCAACUCAGCAGCAACAGCCUGAGCAGGAGAAAAAGCCUGAUGAGCCUCCCUCAGCUGCUUCGGAUGCACCUCAGCAGGAGUCAGCAGCUGCAGCAGAACCACCAGCAGCUGUAGCAGAACCACCAGCUGCAGCACCAGCCGCUGAGGAGAAGCCGCUCUCCUUCCGCGCUCUGGUACUCACAGGACAUGGGGGCUACGACAAAGUCAAGCUGCAGGUGAAGACGAUGGCCAAGCCGAAGCUGAAGGCAGGAGAGGUCCUGGUGCGCGUCAAGGCAUGCGGGCUGAACUUCGCCGAGCUGCUGGCCAGGCAGGGGCUGUAUGAGCUGCUGCCUUCCCCGCCCGUCACGAUGGGAAUGGAGGGCUCCGGGGUCAUUGAAGCGGUCGGGGAGGAUGUGAAUGACAGGAAAGUUGGCGAUCGUGUCAUCGCAUUGGCCCGCAGCGGCAUGUGGCAGGAAGUAGCUGUCGUGAGUGCUGACCGCACCUUCCUUAUGCCCGAGGAGAUGAGUUUUGAGGAAGGUGCUGCUUUAACUAUUAACUACAUGACCGCCUACAUGAUGCUGUUUGAGAUGGCCAAUCUUAGGCCGGGCAAAAGCGUUCUUAUACACAUGGCAGCAGGUGGUGUGGGUAUUGCUGCUACCCAGCUGUGUCAAACUGUGCAGGAUGUGACUGUUUUUGGCACGGCGUCGGCUUCCAAACAUGAGACUAUUACCCAAGGCGGGGUAACUCACCCCAUCGACUACCGCACCAAAGACUACGUGGAGGAAAUCCGCAAAAUCAGCCCGAAGGGUGUGGACAUCGUCCUCGACCCCCUUGGUGGCUCUGACACCCAAAAAGGCUAUAGUUUGUUGAAGCCCCUGGGCAUGAUUAUAGUCUUUGGUGCAGCCAAUUGUGUGACAGGCCAGAGGAAGAACCUGCUGGCCAUGGCAAAGACCUGGUAUAACCAGCUCUCUCUGAACACCAUGAAACUGAUGCAGUCCAACAAAGCUGUCAGCGGCUUCCACCUGGGAUACAUCACUGAUGAGCAGCUCUUCGGCAGGACUAUGUCUACGCUGCUUGAGCUCUACAAGCAGGGAAAGAUCAAGCCCCGCAUUGACUCCAGCUAUCACUUUGAGGAGGUAAGUCUGAUCGGGUUUGCAGUGUAA